UUACUAUUACAUGCAACAAGAUAUAGAGAGAGAGAGAAAGAAACAGAGAGCAUAUAAUACAGAAAUAAAUUUUCACAACACACAAAAUCUUUCAAAAAAACACUAUUAAACCCACUUCAGAUCUAUAUUAUUCUCUCCUAUAAACCCAUUGAUUCAUUAAAUUCAUCACUAUUCAAUCUCAAAAUUCCAAAAUUUUCAAAAAAAAAAAAAAAAAAAAAAAAAACUGUUUUAACUCAUUUCUAUUAACAUUCUCUCUAUUUUGCUCAAUUUUUGUGUUCUGCACUGAAAAAUCAAAAUUGGGUAUUAUUUAUUUUAUUGAAAUUGGUGUUUUUUUAAGUUUUAUGGUGAUUUUCCGGCAGUGUUCGCCGGAGCUCCGGUGAAGCGCCGGGGAGAGGUCCGGCGAGAUGUGUUGAAUUUGGGGUGUGUUGUAAUAAAUGAGUUAAAAGUGAGGGGGUAAAAGUGUAAAGAAAGAUGUUUAAGUCAGCAAGGUGGAGGAGUGAGAAAAACAAGAUUAAAGUUGUCUUCAAAUUGCAGUUUCAUGCAACUCAGGUAGCGGGGGAUGCAGUGAUGAUAUCCGUGGUUCCCGCUGAUGUGGGGAAGCCAACGUUAAAAUUAGAGAAGGCGACAGUUCGUGAUGGGAGCUGUUACUGGGAUAAAACAGUUCUCGAAACCGUGAAGUUCAUUCAAGAACCAAAGUCGGGGAAGAUUCAUGAAAAGAUCUAUUACUUCAUCCUGGGAACUGGGUCUUCAAAAUCAGGAGUUGUUGGAGAAGCUUCGAUUGAUUUCUCGAAUUAUGCAGAGUCUAAGAUAUCCUCUGUUUCUCUUCCACUCAAAAAUUCAAAAUCGGGAGCUUUAUUGCAUGUUUCGAUACAGAGGAUUCAAGAUUCUUCUGAUCAAAGUUUUGUUGAAGAAAUCGAAAAUGCAAAACCAAAUUCCGACAAUAUGAUCUUGAGCACACAAUUAAGCAAUGAUGACGUAGAACCUAGCCUUAAAAGCAAUUCUUCAGUGGACGGUCGGAUCUACAAACCUAUUUUGCAGAAUGGCAAACUGAUUGGCAACCACCAAGCAUCAGGUGAAUCGGAUAUUACCAUGUCCAGUUCCAGAAGCAGCUCAGGGCUUUAUACGCCUCGGGAAAUCAAUACGGAAAGGAACAUUGGCCAUCAGGAUCAUGUAAACUUCCCAUUCUCUCCAAAUCACACUUUGAUUAUACGGAAGGCCAGUAUUGAUGCCUCUACAACAGUUUCUGAAGAAAAUCAGCAAUUGGAAUGGCUGGUAGGUCCCGCUCUCGAAGUAAGUACAGACGGCUCUUCGAGCACUCCGAGAGAAGCUCUUUCAAGAUUAGCAUCACAAGAGGCGUCAGAUGUUGUUGUUGCAAAGCUAAAAUCCGAGCUUGCGGUUUUUGCUAGGCAGGUAGAAGUGUCGGACUUGGAACUUCAAACCCUACGUAAACAAAUCGUCAAGGAGAGUAAAAAAGGUCAGGAUUUGUCGAAAGAGGUUGCGAACCUGAAAAAAGACCGAGAUGCUCUCAAAGAGGAAUGUGAUAAACUUAAAGCCUCCCAAAGACGGUUAGAUGAUGCAAAAUCCAAAGACAAGUUGCUCUAUGAAAAAGGGGAUCUUCAAACUAUUGUUAGUGAACUCAGGCAAGAAUUGGAUUAUCAAAAGGACCUUAAUGCAAAUCUAGAAAUACAACUUCAGAAGACACAAGAAGCGAAUUCCGAGUUAAUUCUCGCUGUACGUGACCUAGACGAAAUGCUAGAUCAGAAGAACAAAGAAAAUGUUACAUCUUCUGAUACUGAGAAGUUUCUGGAUGUUAUCUCGAAGCAUGAAAUGACUAAUGAAGACGAUGAAGAGCAAAAAGCACUAGAGCAGCUCGUGAGAGACCAUAGCGAUGUAAAGGACACAUAUAUGCUGGAGCAAAAGAUCACGGACCUGCUUGGUGAAAUCGAGAUAUACAGGAGAGAAAGAGAUGACUUAGAGAUGCAGACGGAGCAACUCGCCCUCGACAAUGAGAUACUGAAGCAAGAAAACCACGACAUGUUAUACAAACUUGAGCAAAGCGAGAUUCAAGAACAACUGAAGAUGCAAUAUGAAUGUGCAACUUCUUAUGCAACCGUAACUGAACUUGAAUCCCGGAUUACGAGUUUAGAGAAUGAGCUGAAUAAGCAAUCAAAAGAAUUAUCCGGUUCUUUGGCCACUAUAAAUGAGCUCGAAGAAGAACUAGAAAAGCAAGCUGAGGGAUUUGAAGCUGAUCUCGAUACUCUUUCUCGUGAUAAAGUCGAACAAGAGCAGAGAGCAAUACGAGCUGAAGAAGAAUUGAGGAAGGCAAGACGGCAAAAUGUUUGUACAGCUGAGCGGCUUCAGGAAGAACUUAAAGGGCUCUCCAUGCAAAUGGAAUUCUCAUUAGAAGCGAACGAAAGAUUGGCUACUAAAGCGUUCCAUGAAGCUAAUGAACUCCGCCUACAAAAAUUGUAUUUGGAAGAGACGCUUCAAAAAUCAUCUGAGGAUUAUAAAGCAAAGAUACUCGAGCUUUCUAGCCAGGUAACGGAUAUGUUUGGUCGAAUGGAAAAGUUGCACUCGGAAAUUGAAGAAAAAUCGGUGCGAUUGGGAAAACAAGAAGAGCUGGCUAAAGAAACUGAGCAGCGCUUGUCGGAGAAAAUCAUCUCUCUUGAAGCGGAUAUUGAAAAUCUAUUAACGGACAAGAAUACGCUAAUGGACGAGUUGGAAAAGACGAGGAAAUCAAUUGAGGACAUGCAAUUACUUAUCGAGCAAGGUCACGGUGAAAGAAGAGAACUCGAAACUAGGCUAGCUUUAGUGGAAAAAGAAUUAAACAACACGAGUUCUCUUAUGGAUGAGAAGGAGAAUUUAAUUUUGGAACUGUAUUUGGAAGUGGAUAUGCUUUGCAAUGAGACAAAGAAAUCUUUGUUCGAGGACGAAGUGGAGAAAGAAAAUUUGAGAAAGCAGGUGUCCGUGUUAAAAGACGAUCUGAAGAAGAAAGAGGACGUGCUGAAUUGUUUGGACAAAAAGCUCAUGGAUGCAAAUAGUCUAAAAGAGAGGAUAAAGUUGCUUGAGAGUCAGAUCAAGCUGAAGGAAGAUGCACUUGAUGACACAAUUAAUUCGUUUAUCGAGAAGGAGAAAGAUCAUCAAGACAAAAUCGAAGAGUUAGAAAGAAGAUUAGAAGAAUCCCAACAGAGCACAGAAAGGCUUUUCGAACAAAAGUCCCAAAAGGUGGCAACGGAAGAUCUAAAUAUCGCAACUACAACAUGUACGAAAGAUGAAAAUCCCUGUCAAACAUUGUCUACAGAGAGCAGCAACGGCUGUUGUUCGGAUGAGGAAAUGGAAAGCCCAGCAUCGAAUAACAGAAAUCUCGAAGAACUAUCAAAAGAAACUGAACUACUGUGGGAGAAGAACAAGUUAAUGGAAGUUGAACUAAAAGAAAUGCAAGGGAGAUAUUCAGAAAUAAGCCUCAAAUUUGCAGAGGUAGAAGGAGAAAGACAGAAGCUUUAUAUGAAACUGCGGAACAUUAAGAGCGCGAAAAAAGAGCUCGGAAAAUAGAUACAAGUAUAGUUAAUGGAUUCAAGUUCUUUUUUGCUGGAAGAUUUAGAUGUGAAGGCCCCUCAAAAAAAUUGAACAAAAUAAUGUAAAUUGGUGAGGGGAGGUCUCUCUCUUCCUUUUUUUUGGCAUAUUCUUUAUUUUUUUCUUGCAUAGACUUAACACUAUCAGAUAAGAUACAAAAAGUAUGAGUAGUGUUAGCAUAUAGGUUAUAUUCAUUGUCAAAUAAGAUGCUAUCUAAGAGCAUUUCAAGUUGUUUUUGUAAGUAAUGACUUGUGUUAUUUGUAUCUAUGAGUAGAUUCUUUAAUUA